GUCAUCUCUCAUUGGCUGUUGAAGAUAAUCGGUCACCGGCCAGGAGGGAGGCAGGAGGGCAUAGGGCAGCAUGUCAACAGCUACUUACAGUCAUAAUUAGUUGUUCCAAACGAUUUACUCGCUUUAUUAGAUUUUUUUCCGGAGACAGCUCGUUUCAGGGUGGUCGUCGACAAUGUUUUUGUGUCGCACGAGGAAGCUGUCUGAAGCGGCUCUGGAUCAGGCUCUCAAGUCAUCGAGCUCGUUUCUAGCGCAAGUCAAAGCAAACAGACUGAGAGACGUCACUUUGACAUUACGCAAAGGUUACACGUUUCAACGUUACCGGUGUUCCUGUGUAUCCGUCGGAGGGUUCGACACAACUCCUGUGCACCUGGUGAAACAACUACAACCGGGUCGGCAACCUGUCCGAAACCUGGACUUAUCGUGUGCUUUUGACUGGGGACAUUUGGACCGGGUGGCUACUAUAGCCGUGAAUCUCUCUAAACGCGGGCAAAGUGAAGGCGGUUAUGUAGAUGUUAUCACGCAGCGGCUCGUACAUGCAAACAGACGCCACGGCAGCAUAGGAGAGUUGGUGGGUAAUGGUUCGUUUACAGGUAACUGGGGGGUUUCGAGUCGACUGUGCUCUACAGGGACCAUGCAGACCAGAGCCUUAUCCACGAAGCAGAGCGACGCUGGCGAUGAGCAGAAAGCUAACAACAAAGGGGACGAGCAGAAUUUAAAGGAGUCCUCUACUACCUCCUCAUCUACAGCUAAGGCCCCAAGGGAGCCGGAGGGAGAAAAACCAAACAAGACCCAGCAGCUAAAGAAAGUCUUCAAGGAGUAUGGAGCGGUCGGAGUUUCCUUUCACAUUGGAAUCUCCCUGAUGUCCCUCGGAAUGUUCUAUCUUCUUCUAUCCAGUGGGAUUGAUAUGACUGCCGUGCUCUGCAAAGUGGGCUUCAGCGAGGCGGUCGUUCAGUCUAAAAUGGCAGCAGGGACGAGCACGUUUGUCUUGGCCUACGCCGUCCACAAGCUCUUCGCUCCGGUUCGCAUCAGCAUCACUCUGGUGUCUGUGCCUCUCAUCGUGCGCUACUUUAGAAAGACUGGUCUCUUCAAACCACCCACACCUGCACCCUGAUGGUGCUCCUCUUCGAGCAACUGACUGUUAAUGGCCAUUAUUAAAAACGCCUGUAAAUAACCUUUCUCAUCUAGAAAUGCCUCGUCUUUUCUCAGUUGUCAUUGUGAAUUCAGGUGAAACAUUUUCUGCGUUAGUUCCAGAAUAAUCUAAGUGUUUAUGAAGGAUUAAAAAGUCUAAAUAGCAACAGCUCUUUGAAAAACAUGUGCAUUUGGAGUCAUGUUACAAUAUGUGUGCAUUCCAAAAACAAAGGGUGAAAUGGCUCGUAUUUAUUUACAAUCAGAGGUAUGAUCAGGGAUUUAAAGCUCUUUCAGUGGGCAGGUUUGUCUCUUAAUGCUGUACAGGUUCCCCGUAGGGACAAGUGGAAAAAGCUAAUCUCUCCUCCACUGUUAGCUGACUAGGCCAUGUUCUGGUGUUAUGUGAAUCAGCAGAAUAAGUCAGGCUCUCUCCGUGUCCUACCUUGUUCCUCUCUUUAUCCUUUUCUCUCCUUACAUAGCUCAGACUCUCUUUUCUGCUGUUUUGCUCCCUGCAACUUCUUCAUACCUCUCCUAGCAUCCAUGUUCUUUCUAGUAAAUCCCUUUGCUGUUGCUCUCCUUUUUCUCUUAUAUUCUCUUCCUCUUGUUCUUUAAUUUUGUCUGCCCCAGCAGAAAUGUUGAGGACAUUAAUCUCUGAGUAAAGCUGAUUGUAGUUUAUUCCAAGUUUUCAAUA